CAACAACGUGUGAAAUGCCAAUCGUCGAUCCUCGUGCAACCGGCCAUAUUGCGUUGAAUGAGUGCUGUACAUUUAGAGGCUGAAGUAGCCAAAACAAAUCUUCCAACAUCUUAAAGUUGUGAAGACUUUAUUCGCGUUUAACCGCCAUGGAGAAUUCCUAUGGAAUUGGUGUCGCCAAUAGGUAUGCUCUCCUAGACGAUGAAUUGGAAUCGCCGGAAACGCUACUCCAGAACGAACCCGAAAAAGAACUGAAGAAGAAAACGAAAAUUACGGAGAAAGAAAACAAAGGAAAAUCAGAACUACCUAAGGCAAAACCGACGGCAAAUGGCCAGAAAAAGGUCAUAAAGGACUUGAUUCCCUCAAAAAAUCAAGAAAAUAAACGCGAUGACAAUAAACCAGCUCCCAGACCUAGCGCCGAUGGAAAAGCCGAUCGGCCUUUUAAAUCUAAUAUUAACGAAAGCCGCGAGGACAGGAAUAAUCGCCGAAAUCGUGAGGACCGACCUUACAAUGGACCUUCAGAAAACCGUGAUCGUGAAAACAGGCCUAAAUUUUCCAAGCCCGGAUUAACAAAGUCAACAUCUGAUAAUGUUGAGUAUGAAAAUCGUAAUCGCGACCGUGCUGAAAGGGGUGAACGAGGCGGCGAGCGUCCUGAACGAAGCGAACGUGGAGAACGACGAGAAGGCAGACCGAUAGGAAAUCGACCAGGAGGACCACGCGGACCCAGGAGAACUUUUGAUGACAGACGAGGAAAGCGCGAGUUUGAUAGACAAUCUGGAUCUGACAAAACCCAUGGUUACAGAGGAGUUAAACCGGUAGAAAAACGGGACGGUGCUGGCGCUCAUAACUGGGGAUCAACUAAAGACCUUAUUGCAGCUGAAGCCGAGAGACCUGCUAACUCUGAUGCCGAACAAACCUGGGGAGAAUCUGACAAGCCUGAACAACAAAACGAUGCCGAGAAGAAGGAAGAACUUGACGCCGAUCAAACGCCAGUUGAAGAGGAGCCUAAAGAACUGACCCUUGACGAAUGGAAAGCUCAACGCGCUGGACGUAUUAAGCCGCAAUAUAAUAUCCGCAAAGCCGGUGAAGGAGAGGACCCAUCUCAAUGGAAAAAAAUGUUUGAACUGAAGAAAAAGGAAAAGGAAGAGGCUCAGGAAUCUGAUGACGAAGAAUACGAUGUGUCCGAGUACCCACAAAGAGUUGGACGGCAGAAACAUGUCUUGGAAAUCGAUAUUCAGUUUAACGAUAGUCGGCGCCCUGGAGGCGGUAGAGGACGAGGAACUGGCAGAGGUGGACGUGGUGGAACUCGUGGAGUUGGUCCGCGUGGACCUCCGCGCGAUAGAGAUGCCGUUCAACGUGAAGGACCUCGAGAGGAAAGAAAAUUCCGCGAAGAACAGGUUGACGAAAAGGCUCCGAGAGUUCCCAAGGUCAAUGAUGAGCGCGAUUUCCCCUCACUAGGCUAAUCGCCCUUCGGCUACGGCGAGUGGGGAUUUUCGCUUCCUUAUCUUCAUAAGUAAUGCGAAAAUCACCACUUACAGCGUAUAUAUUGAAAUCUUUGAAUAUAUACGACAUGGGUGGCAAAGUUAAUUGAAUGCUUUGCCACCCAUGUUGUAUAUAUUCAAAGACUUCAAUAAAUUGAAAUUGAAAUUCAACCGAAAUUGCAAAAAAAUGUGGUUUCGAUCGUUCAAUUGUUGAACUACCAAGUAAUUGUUUCUUAACUUCUUUGCAAGUAAAUAGUAAAUUUUUCUGGUAUAUUUCAGAUUUCUGAAGUGGAUAGUUGCAAAGUUGAAAUUGAAAGUACUAAUUUUGGUACUAAGUUUGGUGUUUUCAAUUUCUCCAAUGUUCGCGUUCAUCGAUCCUAAUAAUAAUUUUAUUCAUGAUUUUUGUUUUAUUUAUAAAUAUUUUUGUGAGGAUCGAUGAAUGGAGUAACAAAUAAUCUGUAGUUUUAGAUUGGUACUACGGAUUAAUUUGUAUUUGUGUCCUGGGUGGUUAUUAGCCACUUAAAUUAAGUGGCGCUUGUACAAACUUACAAUUGAAAGUCGAGUAAGACUACACCGGCACUAUAAACUUGCUCGACUUGCUUGCACUUGUAGGCCUGUACAAAGCACGUCCUGGUCGGUGAUAAUGUUUGUCAUCUACCGGAAGUAAGUUUUGCCAUACGGCUUAAAUAAGAACUCUUUAUGCAACAUUUCAUUUAAGCCACUUGAUUUUCAAGGAUUUUCAUCUAGGUCACACAUUUCACAUUGUUUUUUCAUUUAUCUCGCUAUGCAGUUUGUAUAAUUUUUAAUAAAUCUAUGAAAACGAUAUUUUGUCUGGUUUUAAUGUAAUCAUCUUUCUAUUUUGUCAACACUAAUGUACUUAACAAUUAAGAGUUUCGAUGAACCGGUAUUUAUACUGAAGUGACAUUAAAAGUAAUUUUACUGAGUUUAGAUAAUUUUUUCCUAAUUUGUAAUAUUGAGGUAUGUACGAAUUCGCAAAUACAUCACAAACAUCGUACUUUCACAUGGCUGUGAUAUGGAGAGUAAUAAUCAAUAUUUCGCAGAUCGUUUUAAAAAUGUACAAUAUGUUAUGGUGAAAUAAAGUGAUGGAAAUGAA